GAGCUACAGGGUGUCUGAUUAGUUGCCUGUUCAAAAAUAUAGAAAGAAAACGUAAAACGGCACAAAGAAUGACUUGGGCCCAUUUCUUAAUAAGUUUUCCUCUUAAUCAGUUUUCCUGAGGUCCCGUUGAAUUGUGUCUGACUGGAAUGUAACGGUCCACCUCGAGCAGUGGUCGGUUCUGCUCAGGCCUGGGUCACCAAACGAGCCUCCAGAUUGUUCUAAAGAGAACAACACCAUGAACCAAGUGGGGUACUUUCAUCAAACCAACGCUGGAAGUCUGACUGUAGAGGUCAAACUGGAGUUUAAGAAUCAACAAACCGAACAGCUGAUGUCUGUCCACUGCGGGUGAUUAAAGAAAAGGUUCUUUGGUGUCAAGUAUGGACCAGCAGGACACAUGUCCCCUUCGCAUCAAGGAGGAAGAAGAAGACCUCUGGACCAGUCAGGAUGGAGAUUAUCUUUACGCCCAGAAUGAGACGGAGUACACUGGACUCCCAUUAACCGUUAUUGUGAAGAGUGAAUAUGAUGAGGAGGAGCCUGAAUCAUCACAGCGUUAUCAAAGCCGAACCCAAGACACGGGAGAGACAGACGUUCCAGCCAGCAGCUCUUUUAAGUGGAUCAAAACAGAAAAGGACCAAGAGGACUGUAGACGUCUAGAACUAGUCAGACAAUCUUGUAUUCAACCAAAUGUCAAUGACGUGGAUUCAGACUCGUCUGAGACUGAACUCAGCGAAGAUGAUGAUGAUGAUGAUGAUGAUGAUGAUGAAGACUGGCAGGAGCCUUUGUCAGAGUGUGAAGGUGACCGGAAGAAAAGCCAAGACGCUGAGUCAAGUGUUAACAAGGUGUCAGGAUGUUACCCUGAAAAGCCCUUCCGUUGUUCAGACUGUGGUAAACAGUUCCUGCAUAAACAUUCUCUCAAGAGACACAUGAGGCGAAAUACAGAGAGAACCUCUCCCAGCUUUUCAGUCAGUCAGAACUUUCCAGAAGUGAAGCAAAAUCCAGUUUCAAAGCCGAAGGCGCACAAAGGAAAGAAAAACUUUGCCUGUAAUGAUUGUGGCAAAACAUUUCGAGAUAUGUUUUGUCUGAAAUCUCACAUGAGAGUUCACUCUCAAGAGAAACCGUUUAGCUGUGCGAGCUGUGGUAAGAGCUUUAGGCAUGAGAACAAUCUGAAGAUCCACACGAGGAUCCACACCGGGGAGAUGCCGUUUAGCUGUGAUGUUUGUGGGAAGAAGUUUAAACAUCAGCACAAUGUGAAGACACACAUGAGAAUACACACAGGGGAGAAGCCAUUCGUUUGCCACAUCUGCGGUAAAAGAGCAAGACACCAGAAUAAUCUGAAGAUACACAUGAUCGUUCACGGAGACGAGCGGCCGUUCGGUUGUGAUCUUUGUGGCAAGAAGUUUAACCGUAAGACAAGUCUUACAUCACACAUGACGGUCCACACGGGUGAAAAACCCUACAAUUGUGAUAUUUGCGGUAAAAGCUACAAACGGAAGAGCCAUCUUCGAACACACAUCACCGUGCACAUGGAAGAGAAGCCCUUUGGCUGUGAAGUUUGUGGUAAAAGGUUUAAUCGUAAGACUCAUCUUGGCACUCACAUGACGGUCCACACAGGAGAGAAGCCCUAUAGCUGCGAGUUUUGUGGUAAAAGAUUUACUCGGAAAACGCACCUGGAUUCCCACAUCACUGUUCAUACAGGAGAAAAACCCUUUGGCUGCGGUGUUUGUGGUCAAGAAUUCACCCAACAGGGGAGUUUGAACAGACACAUGAAAUUCCACCUGGGGUAGAAACAUGGUUACAGUCGCUCUGGUAGCAUAGAGGAAAUCUGGAGGUACAGCUAAAAGCGAAGCCUCUUACUCAUUGCGUAGUACUGUAAUUUUUCUUUUUGUACAGCCAACUUAUUUGAAUUUUGACUUAUGUCACAGGAAAAAGCAAUUAUUGUGGGAAAAAAGGCAAUGCACUAAAACAGAUUUCAUUUUGGUAGCUAGUUUCCCAAAUACCUACCUACUUUGUGUCUUUCUGUAUCCAUUUUCUCAACUUUGCCUCCAUUAAAGUCACAUUAUUAGUUUCUGAGCGCUGCUUAAUGGACUGUGUUGUAAAAUCAGUAUGGAGCGCAGGUUUUGUCAUGGACUGAAGAGAGAUGUAUGAAGACCAGUAAUGUUAAAGGAAGUAACUUGUUGUGGCACUUUAAAUCACAGUCCCCAUCACUAGCAAAUCUCAGUAGUGGAGCAAUAAUGUUUACGUAGCAACGCCAGCAUGAAUUUAAAACCUAAGUGGUUGGUUGAGGAAAAUGUUAAAAUUUGAGUUCAAAGGUCUCUUUCUGAGCUCAGAAGGUUUAUUUAAAUAUUAUUUUAAAGACGUGCAUCGUCUCUGUGUCAUCAGUUACUUGGUUUCAGUGUUGAGACCUUGUGGAGGUCAGACAGACACUAGUGAAGUUAAACAAGUUGUGGUAAAUGGUUAGUUAGUAACAACAGACCUGAUUCCACACUACAUAUAUGCACUUGUAAGCUUUUGUGUUUGAGUUUUACUCUCAUUGUAAGACAAAGAUGUAAAAAAAAAAAAUCAAAUAUACAUUUUCAGCUAAAUUUAAGUGAAAUCUGCUUUUCCUGGACACACUUUUUCUGGGGAAAAGUGUGUUUUUUUUAUUUGACUGAAAUGGGACAUUUUGGUUUAACUAUGAUGCCCUCAGUUAAGUCUGUAUUGUAAUGCUUUUCUAAAGCAAUAAAACAAUUGUAAAAACGUGCCAUAAACAUUAAAACCUAGAGUAUCAGGGAACUGCUGUCUUCUAGGAAAAAAUGUGACAAAAUAAUUUACAAAAAAACUCAACAUUAAAUGUAAAAAGUAACUGUCCAAUGUUAGUCUUGACAUUUAGUUUUUUUUUAUUCUGUUUAUUUGGAUAACAUUGCAUGUUCUAUGUUUUCUGGUUUGUGACUUUUGGCUCUUAGUAUUUCCUUUCUGCAGCACUUCAGUCAACUCUGAUUGUUUUUGUGUGCUUUUGCAGCUAAAUGUCUCAUAUUUUACUUUUGUUAUUUUCCUGUGAUAUUUAUAGGAGUAAUAAUUGUAUAGUUAUUUUUGUGUUUGCUGCUGGUCUCCAGCACUUAUUGAAAUAUUAAAUUGCAACAUGAUGAUUUAUGAAGUGAAUCUCAGUUAUACUAACAGGAGAAGUUUUGUAAUUGUGAGAAAUCAGAUAAAUUGGUUAUUUUCUGAAUUUCUUCUCUCUGGCAAUGUAGUUCAUGUGUGAAUAAAAAUGAAAUGUUGCAUUUCAUCAACGGUUAUUUUAAAAUCACAACAUUUCAAGGGUAAUUUCAUUUGUGCUCUCCCCAAAUAAAACCAUUUCUGUUGA